AUUUGACUCUGCGUGGUUAGAGUUGUAAGCUUGAGCAGUGUCCGCUACUGCGGAUGGCGAGGGAUCUGAUCGGGCCGGCGCUGCCGCCCGGCUUCAAGGCCCGCGGGACAGCCGAGGACGAGGAGCGAGACCCCAGCCCUGUUGCAGGACCAGCUCUGCCCCCUAAUUAUAAAAGCAGUAGCUCGGAGUCCUCAGACAGUGAUGAGGACAGUAGUUCAUUAUAUGAAGAAAAUCAAGAAUCUGAAGACGAUGACAGUGGUCCAGUGGCAAGAAAACAGAGGAGAAAUCAAGAUGACGACGACGAUGAUGAUGAAGGGUUUUUUGGACCAGCUCUUCCUCCUGGAUUUAAAAAGCAGGAUGAUUCUCCUCCAAGGCCUAUAAUAGGUCCUGCACUACCACCUGGUUUUAUUAAAUCUACUCAGAAAAGUGACAAAGGCAGAGAUGAUCCAGGACAACAAGUAUCAUCAUAUUUCAACUCUGAGGAAACAGAUAGCAGUGAAGAUGAGGACAUUGUUGGACCAAUGCCUGCCAAAGGACCAGUUAACUAUAGCGUCACAACAGAAUUUGAAAAAAGGGCCCAGCGAAUGAAAGAGAAACUGACCAAAGGAGACAAUGAUUCAUCUAAACCAAUGACAAGAGAGUCAUGGAUGACUGAGCUUCCUCCAGAAAUGAAAGACUUUGGUCUGGGGCCCAGAACUUUUAAGAGAAGGGCCGAUGACAAAUCUGGAGAUCGAUCAGUCUGGACAGACACUCCAGCAGACAGGGAGAAGAAAGCCAAGGAAACACAAGAAGCAAGGAAAUCAUUUAAUAAGAAGGAUGAAGAACAUACAUUGUCAGGAAGGGAAAAGAGAUUGGCUGAGCAGGUAUCCUCAUACAAUGAAUCAAAAAGAUCAGAAUCUCUUAUGGACAUUCAUCAUAAAAAAUUAAAGAAUAAAGCUGCUGAAGAAAAAAAUAAGCCCCAAGAAAGAAUACCAUUUGACCGUGAUAAAGAUCUCAAGGUUAAUCGGUUUGAUGAAGCUCAGAAAAAAGCUCUGAUAAAGAAAUCUAGAGAACUAAACACCAGAUUUUCACAUGGCAAAGGCAGUAUGUUUUUAUAAGGGGAUUUCUCUGUGCAGUGAAGAAAAGUUGAAGAAUACGCUUUUAUCUGUCUGUCCACCUUUAUCCCUUUGUUUUGAGUUUCUUGAGAUUAGAGAUGACUUCAGUCUUAAAAACCAUACAAACUUACCUUGUGUGUAUAUCCUGUAAGUUCUAUGGAAACCUAGUCAGUAUUUCUUAUGUGGAAUAGAAUUUUGUGUGUCUUCGG